UGCUGGCUGCUGAUUUGUGCACCGUGUUACAUCACUUAGACGAAUUAUAGGCAAAUUGAACGGGAUUUGUGCAGUGCAGAGAUAGAGUAAACAAUUAGAAAUAUCUAUUAGAAAUGUGCAUAAACUUGCCACUUCGCAACGCGAUUUCAUAACAAUCCAAGGAGCCCGAAAGCCAGCACUGACGUGAACUUGCGGGCUGCGUGUUUUGGAUCGCGUUCGCCGGAAACAUAAACAUACGAUGAGCGAAAGCACAAAUCAGUUUUGUGCCAUUGAUUUUUGAGUAUACCACCCCAAAAAUAACGAUAAACAGCAAAACAGUGAAAACUCAAAAAAAAAAAAAAAAAAAACAAAAAAAAAACAAAAUUAAAAAAAAAACAAAAUUUAAAAAAAAAAACAAAUCCAGUUUUAGAAGCAGCCGAAUACAAAGUCGAUACCGAUAUAUCGAUACCAAUAACAGUAGUCAAAUCAACGUGCACUUUUAUUGUUAUCAUUUAGAGUGAAUUUUUUUUCGUUUUUGGCAGCAGCAACUGGGUCUGGGGCCGGGGCUGGGGAAGGGUAUCUCCAUAGGCUGCAUACCUUUUGUUUUGUAUCAAAAUUCUCUCUUCAUUUAACAAACUAAACGCAAACCAAACAAAUGGCGGCCUACUUGAAUCGCACCAUUUCACUGGUGACUGGCCAAACGGGCCCAUCCGCCAACGACAAAAACUCGACACCGGGCACCGACACCGUUGACGAUUCACGGCACAAUCUGUCACUGCAACCGUCUGCCUCAUCCACGUCGGCCAACAUGUCUGGCAUAUCCGACAAUCGCAUGUAUCAACCGAAUGACAAAUCGCCACUGCAGAUUUUCGUCCGCGCCAAGAAGAAGAUCAACGAUAUAUAUGGUGAAAUCGAAGAGUAUGUGCUGGAGACAACCAUCUUCAUCAAUGCUCUGCAUGCGGAUGCGGAAAUUGUGGACAAGGCGGAGCGCGAGCUGUUCGAAAGCUAUGUACACAAGGUGGCUGCCAUACGUGAGGUACUGCAGCGGGAUCACAUGAAGGUCGCUUUCUUUGGUCGUACCUCCAAUGGCAAAAGCUCUGUGAUUAAUGCUAUGCUGCGUGAAAAGAUUCUGCCAAGUGGCAUUGGCCAUACCACAAAUUGUUUUUGCCAAGUCGAAGGCAGUGACGGUGGCGAAGCCUAUCUCAUGAAGGAGAGCUCCGACGAGAAGCUCAAUGUGGUGAACAUUAAGCAAUUGGCCAAUGCUCUGUGCCAGGAGAAGCUUAGCGAGAGCAGCCUGGUCCGCAUAUUUUGGCCACGCGAACGUUGCAGCUUGCUGCGUGAUGAUGUUGUCUUUCUCGACUCUCCUGGUGUCGACGUUUCUCCCAAUCUGGAUGAUUGGAUUGAUAAUCAUUGUAUAAAUUCAGAUGUCUUUGUGCUGGUCCUCAAUGCGGAAUCAACAAUGACACGCGCCGAGAAACAAUUCUUUCACACAGUGUCACAGAAGCUGUCUAAACCAAAUAUCUUCAUACUGAACAAUCGUUGGGAUGCAUCGGCCAAUGAACCGGAGUUUCAGGAAUCGGAGCUGGCUAAGGUUAAGUCGCAGCAUACGGAACGCUGUAUUGAUUUUCUCACCAAGGAGCUUAAGGUCUGCAAUGAGAAGGAGGCUGCGGAGCGGGUGUUCUUCGUGUCAGCUCGCGAGACGCUGCAGGCGCGCAUCGAGGAGUCGAAGGGCAAUCCGCCCCAUUUGGGCGCCAUUGCUGAAGGCUUUCAGAUACGCUACUUUGAGUUCCAGGACUUUGAGCGUAAGUUCGAGGAGUGCAUCUCGCAGAGCGCGGUCAAGACCAAGUUCCAGCAGCAUAGCUCGCGUGGCAAGAGCGUCUCGGGGGAUAUGCGCUCCAUGCUGGAUAACAUCUUCGAGCGGAUCACAAUCUUUCGCAAUCUGAAGCAAGAUCAGAAGAAUCUGCUCACUGAACGCAUUCAGGGCACCGAGACGCAAAUGAUGCAGGUGACGCGUGAAAUGAAAAUGAAAAUUCACAAUAUGGUCGAGGAAGUAGAGGAGAAGGUGUCCAAGGCACUUAACGAGGAAAUAUGGCGAUUGGGCGUCCUCAUCGACGAGUUCAACAUGCCCUUCCAUCCGGAGCGUUUGGUGCUUAACAUCUACAAAAAGGAGCUCAACGCACACGUGGAGAGUGGUCUGGGCAGCAAUUUGCGCGCCCGUCUCUCCAUGGCGCUGGCCAUGAAUGUGGAAUCAGCUCAAACGGAAAUGACCGACCGCAUGCACGCGCUGGUGCCGAACGAGCAGCUGCUCACAAAUAGCGCCAAGCUGGCGGUUCGCACACAGCCAUUCGAAAUGCUCUACUCAUUGAACUGCCAGAAUCUUUGCGCCGACUUCCAGGAGGAUCUCGACUUCAAGUUCAGCUGGGGCAUCACGGCCAUGAUACAGCGAUUCACAGGCAAGGUGCGCGAGCGCACCAAGAAGCAAACGCCCGCCUUGCUCAAUCGCCAGAGCAGUAUUGGGCACACUGUCGUAACGCCGGUGAGCACGCCCGUGGAGUCGACGCCCGUUUGCUUGCUCCCUGGAUCGGGAGUAGGUGGAAUUACGCCCGAACAGCUAUCGGUUAUAUCACGUUUUGCGCUGUCCUCGAUUGGAUCGCAGGGCACCGUUGGCGGUCUAGUUGUAGCGGGCAUUGUGUUAUUAUAUCGCUAUGUGCUGAAAACCGAACACUUGCAGAUGCUGAAAACGAUCGGGUGGCGUGUUCUUGUCGGCAUCGGUGCACUCUAUGGCUGCAUCUAUCUGUACGAGCGUCUGUCGUGGACCAACUCAGCCAAGGAGCGCACCUUCAAGAGCCAAUACGGACGGCAUGCCACCAAGAAGCUCAAAAUGAUUGUCGAUCUCACGUCGGCCAACUGCAGCCACCAGGUGCAACAGGAGCUGUCCAGCACAUUUGCUCGUUUGUGCCGCACUGUGGACACCGCCACCACCGAUAUGAAUGAGGAGCUGAAGACACUGGAGGCACAGCUGAAUGUGCUUGAGUCCAAUCAGAAGCAGCUGAAGCUCCUGCGCAACAAGGCCAACUACAUACAAAACGAGCUGGACAUCUUCGAGCACAACUACAUUGCGCCGCAGUAGAUGUAAUUACAGCAAGGAUCUGUGUUCACGUAUUUCAACAGCGAAUACCCAAUCGAACACCACGACGACGAAGAAGCCUAACAACAACGAUGACAAAUUUUUCCCUCUUUCCGCGGACAGAAGAAAGUGAAACUUAUUUAAAUUGAUUCUUCUUUUUUUUUUUUUUAUUAGACACUUUUGCAAAAUUGUUAACGCAUGUUUUUCUCUUAGUUUUUUCUUGCUCGUAGCUUACAGAUAUACAAUUUUUUUAGCCACUCGUUGCAGUUAAACUAUUAUAUAAUUUUUGACUGUGUUUUUGUUUUUAUUAAUUAUAUACAUAUAUCAAUAUAUUGUAAUUGUUGUUGUUACACUCUGCAUACACACUGUGACAUGGCCGGGUGCCAUGAAAACAAGGAAAAAUUUACUAAUU